AUGAAUUCCAACGAUGGCGGCUUCUGGGAUUUUACCUCCGACCUGGCAAUGAAAGAUAUGGCGUAUACCAAGGAGGGCCUUGGUGUCCAUACGGACAAUGCAUACUUUACUGAUCCUGCCGGCCUUCAGAUGUUCCAUCUUCUUUCCCAUACAAACGGUGAAGGAGGCGAAUCCGUGCUUGUGGACGGCUUUGAAGCCGCUCGCACACUGUACCGUGAGAAUCGCAACGCGUAUUCGACUUUAAGACGGUCGGUUUUCAGCCACCACGCGAGUGGAAACCAGGAUGUUUGCAUCAAGCCCGCUAGAAGCUUCCCGACCUUUUUGCAUAGCCCACGUACGCAAGAGCUUUACCAGGUUCGCUGGAACAAUGAAGAUCGGGGAGCACAAUUUUCCGCAUCUCUGGAGAAAUUGCGACAUUGGUAUAGUGCUGCACGGGCGUGGUCAGAAAUUCUCAGCCGGCCUGGUUUGGUGCGUCAGUUCAAGCUAGAGCCGGGAACGCCGCUAAUAUUCGACAAUUGGAGAAUGCUCCAUGGCCGCACUGCUUUCACGGGAGCGAGGAGGAUGUGCGGUGGUUACAUCAACCACGAUGACUUUGUCUCCCGUUACGAGCUUCUCAAUAAAGGCCGAGAGCAAGUCUUGUUGGAGAUUUGA